UUUAGAAACCAAUCUCUGGAGUCUGAACCGUUUCUUGGUUGGCAGAGAAAAGAUAUAAAAGUACAGCAAAACAUAAUAAAUGCAUGUGUAGGCAGAUGAGUAGGACAUUCCAAGCUUUAUAUCAAGAAAUUGAUGUAGGGUCACAAAGAAAGAAGUUUAGAGUUUUAUUGGAAUAGUAAGAGUGGACUCAAAUAUAUGUUUUACAUAAACAGAGUUGCAAAUGACCUCUACCCUCACAUAUUUUAGCAUGCUUUAACACCAAAUAUUGUUUUGUACAGAAUCAGACUACGCAUUCAAGGAAAAAAGAAAGAAAAGAUGGCAUCAGUACCUGUGGUCCUUGGCCUAUUUCUGCUCUUCUUUUCCACCAGUCAAGCUCGACUUAUUCACCUUUCUUCACUUGGUUACUAUUCUUCAGGUAUUCACUCUCCAAGAUUCUACGGCAAAGGAAUGGAAACCAGCAAGGAAGAAGGGAAACGGAUCCUCCAGGAACCUGAACUCGAUGAGGAAGGUGAAUGUGACGAAGAUACCGGAGAAGAUAACAAGAAAAAAGGAGCACUGACCCCCUCCAAAAGAAGAGUAUCUACCGCAGGAGGAUCAACACAGCGUUCUUGUCAGGCAGAAGACUGCACUGCUGAUAUGGCUGACGCCAAGCCUUACCAUCAUCGACAUAAAGUUUGCGAGUUACAAGCAAAGGCUGCAGUGGUUCUUCUCUCCGGCUUGAGACAACGUUUCUGCCAGCAGUGUAGCAGGUCACGAGGAGAAUAUAUGAAGAAGGACCUAGGUAGUAAGACCACAGCUCUGCAGAGAAUAGUUAAAAUUAUUUGAAAUACAUCCCGUGUUAGCCAUGAAAUCUAACACGGACGUAUUAAAGAAAAUUUUAUGAUACAUAAAUGUUCCUCUAGGGCCAUGGAACCCUUUACUCCCCAAGUCCAAGACAAUUUAGCCAUGGAGGGUCUGUUGCCUAAUUUAGCCAUACUAUGUAUGAAGACAACAAGAUACAAUACGUGCAUCCUGUUCAGCAUUCACUCUCUCACCACAUGUGCAGGUUUCACGAAUUAUCAGAGUUUGAUGAAGCUAAAAGAAGUUGUCACAGGCGUUUGGCAGGACACAAUGAGCGGCGACGCAAGAGUUCAUGUGAUUCUCACUGAUAAGAGAUGUAACAAAAUAAUUUGGCCUCUAGAAGAAGGCAAAUUCACUAAAUCCACAUUAAUGAGGAUGCCAUAAAACCAGCCCUACUUCUGAGGAUUCAGUGUUCUCUCUAUCUUCUGUCAAUUGCUGGAUUUCUUUAAACAAAGAACCGGCUCAGUCUGUAUGAGUCAAAUAUUUUGUAACUGUUUCUUGCACUUGUGGUUCGAUUGGUAUUAUUAACAAUGUAUGUACCAUGCCACCUAAGGAAGCUACCAAAAUAAUGCUAAACCUCCUUUGACUGGCUUUAUCUAUAAUUUGAUCGUUUAGACCCAUCAAUUACCUAACUUUACGACCAAGGAAUUAUCUACUAAGAUCAAGAUCUUAU